UUUAAGGGACCGGUGUGUCGAAAGUUGCCUGUAGUUGUGACCAUAGAGACGGGAGGGCAGCUUUAUUGAGAGAGCAUGAGUGAUGGAGCCGGCACGGGGCCGGGCCUGACCGGCCUUGCCCACCACACCUGGGGGAAGGUGUGUGACAAGGUGAAGAGGGCCGUGGUGUUCAUGGACGCGGCGUGCGCCGAGAGCUUGCACUGGGCCGGCGGGAUGGACAGGCUGCUCCAGGCUGGGGCCCUGAACGUCAAAGAGUUCAGCAGCUUCGAAGCGGGGGCCCCGGGGCAGGCCAAAGCGGUAUUUGUGGUGAGCACUUUGCUGAAGGGACGCACAGCAGACGUGAUCCAUGACAUUGUGAGCCUCAGCUCCUUCCAGUAUUGUGUGGUGAUCACCGCUGUCAGCCACUCUGUCCACCUGUUUGCCAAUAAUGUGAUGGCCGAACUGGAGCAGGAACUGGUCUUCGAGCAAUUCGGGGAGCUGCUGUGCCAGUGGAUGGGUAACAUGAAUUACACCGGCGAAGUCAUGCACUUGCCCAUAUUAAUCGCGCCCCUCGCUCCCCACCUUUUCGUCACUGCAGCCUAUUCGUCCUUGUUUUCGUUUGUGCCUCAGGAUCUGAAACUACUCAACAAUACCAGACCUGACAAGAAGAAAUUCGGGAGCCUGAACGACGUAGACUUCCAGUCUUUGCCCUUUGAACUUCAAGUACAGAUCAGGUCACUCGUUUCGUCCUUGAACUCUAUGUUUGAAGUUCUGCAGCUCAAAGAGGAAUGUUUUGCAGUUGGACCUAGUAGCAGAAUAAUUGCAGGAGAGCUUGCUAAUUAUCCACAGGCAAAACACAGAAGGAAAACUGCUCAACAUAAGGCAUCUAUCGUCUUUAUAGAUCGCACACUUGAUCUCUCAGGUUCUGUUGCUCAUCAUGGUGACAAUCUAGUUGAGAAAAUUCUUAGCAUUCUGCCCAGGUUUCCAGGGCUCACCAAUGAUGUGAAGAUUAAUAUGGUGGAUCUAACAGCUAUCCAAAAUAAUGAAGAAACCCAGAAUAUCAUAGCUCCAGGAUGCUUAUCCCAACCAAAUGACCCUUCAGCCAAAACUCUGUGGGAGUCCAUGCUAAACAUGAAACAAAAAGAGGCUGUGAUGGAAGUGCGGAGGCACCUAGUGGAGGCAGCUAGCAAGGAGAAUCUCCCCAUUAAGAUGAGCUUAGGUAGAGUCACACCUGAACAGCUUAAUUCUUAUGUCCAGUUAUUUAAAAGCAAUCUGAAAGCUUUGGAAAAUCACUGUGGGCUCUUGCAACUUACCAUGGCAACAGUGCAGACUUUGGGACAUGCGUACUAUUCAAAAUGGGACAACUUCCUUGCUUUUGAAAGGCUGCUGUUACAGAUGCUUGGAGAUUGUGAUUUGUUUCGCGUUUUAACCCAAUUUCUGCCUAUGAUCAAGUCCCAUGGGGAGAGAGACUAUCUUGAUUACAACCCUGAAGAAAUUCUUGUAUUAUUGAUUUACAUCUAUUCUGUGGUUGGAGAGCCCAAGUUGGACAGCAUCAUGUAUAAAGCUGAACAUGAGGUCAAGAAAGCUUUGCUGCAGGCAUUGUGUGAUGAACCCAACUUUUCUGAACCACUUCAGGAAAUAACAGGUUGUUCUUCAGCAGCUGAAUUAACAUUUGAUAGAGCCACUGCUGUAGUGGAUCAGGUAUUUGAGAUGCUUCAGGGCAUAGCGAGAGCACGGGCGCACCUGAGGCAGUUCAAAGCAUUAUACAGCCCCGGUGACAGCACCCACCAGGCAACUUACAAGCCUUUGGUGAAACAAAUUUUAGAGGAGAUAUUCCAUCCAGAUCGACCUGACACUGUGGAUAUUGAGUACAUGUCUGGUGGCUUAACAGAGCUUCUCAAAACUGGAUUCAGCAUGUUCAUGAAGGUUAGUCGUCCUCACCCCAGUGACCACCCACUGCUAAUCCUAUUCCUUGUGGGUGGGGUCACAGCCUCAGAGGUUCGAAUGAUAAAGGAGUCAGUCUCCACGCUCAAACCUAGUUGCCAGGUGAUUGUGUUGGCUACCAGACUAUUAAAUCCACUUGAUGUAACUCAGCUCAUCUUUGCAACUGACAGACUGCAUCCUGAUAUUGGAGUGUAACAAUUACAUUAUUGCUGACCAGAAACUUGGACUAUCCUGGGUGUAAAUGACAGAAAUCCAUGAUGUGUCAUCAUUCAAGGGAACAGCAGAUAACUAAUGCCCAAAGAGUACUAAUAUGAGGAAGAGGUGGUUAAAUGCCUGGCUAUUAAUGUACCUAUUGGUGUCUGAUUGUAAACUGAAGCCCACUCAAUCUACAACUAGCACAAUGUUUUUGGAGAGUAUUAAUGUGAUUGUCCUUGCUGCCAACCCCCCCCCCCCCACCAACCCCCGUUUUUUUCUAUAUCACUAACUGUGCAGCUUUUCUAAUUUCCCCGCGGAAGCAUGCCCCUUAAGCUGAUUUAUUUGAGAAUUGAACUGAACUGUGCAGCCAUGUGGAUAAUACUGAAAAUGUAUUCGCUAAAAAUAACAUUGGUUUAUAUUAUGUCAGUAAUUCUACUGGUGCAGAAUUUCCCUGUACUGAACUGAAAAUGAUUUCCUAAUAAACCUCCAGUGAUUAUGUUGGAAA